UGAUCCGCGCCGUAUUUUUGGGUAAAUACGAUCACGUGGGGGCCGGGGAGCCAAUGGGCGGCGCGGAAAAGGCUGGAAAAAUAAUUACCUGCCUUGAUUGUUCUGGGAGCAGAUAAAAAGUACAUAUACAGUUCAUACAAUAAUCUUAUGUAUGUAAAACCCCGGUACGAUGUCGGCGACGGGGCCCAUCAGUAACUACUACGUGGACUCGCUCAUCUCGCACGACAAUGAGGACCUCCUCGCGUCCAGGUUCCCGGCCACCGGGGCGCACCCCGCGGCCGCCAGACCCAGCGGGCUGGUGCCGGACUGUAGCGACUUCCCGUCCUGUAGCUUCGCGCCCAAGCCGGCCGUGUUCAGCACGUCGUGGGCGCCCGUGCCCUCGCAGUCGCCCGUGGUGUACCACCCGUACGGCCCCCAGCCCCACCUCGGCGCCGACGCGCGCUACAUGCGGACUUGGCUCGAGCCGCUGUCCGGCGCCGUGUCCUUCCCCAGCUUCCCGGCCGGCGGCCGCCCCUACGCGCUCAAGCCGGACGCCUACCCCGGGCGCCGCGCCGACUGCGGCCCGGGCGACGGCCGCAGCUACCCGGACUACAUGUACGGCUCGCCCGGGGAGCUGCGCGACCGCGCCCCGCAGACCCUGCCCUCGCCCGAGGCGGACGCGCUCGCCGGCAGCAAGCACAAAGAGGAGAAGGCCGACCUGGACCCCAGCAACCCUGUGGCUAACUGGAUCCACGCCCGCUCCACGAGGAAGAAGCGCUGCCCCUACACCAAGUACCAGACGCUGGAACUGGAGAAGGAGUUUCUCUUCAAUAUGUAUUUAACCAGGGACCGUCGGUACGAGGUGGCCCGGGUUCUCAACCUCACCGAGCGGCAGGUCAAAAUCUGGUUUCAGAAUCGGAGGAUGAAGAUGAAAAAGAUGAAUAAAGAGAAAACCGACAAGGAGCAAUCCUAAGCCCUGCCCGGCCUGCUGCACGGCACAGUCAAGGGAGGAAAAAACAAAACAAAACAAAACAAAACAAAAACCCCACAAAAAUACCCCAACCCAGGCGGGAGAGAGCAAGAAAAAGAAAAGGAAAGAGCAAGAUAGAGAAAAGCCCAUCUGCCUAAAAAGAAAAAAAAAAAAGCAAGGGGAAAAGGAAAACUCUUGCAAUUGGGGAGGGUUCAGUGUUGAGAAAUUGGUGUUUUAGAGUUAGUCCUACCCGGCGCCAGGAGGAGGAGGAGGAGGAGGAGGAGGGGAGAGAAACGUGUUCUCCUCUCCCAGCGCAACUGAAAUAAAUGACACGCAAAUGUGA